AUGUGUGUUGACUAUCGGGAUUUGAACAAAGCUAGUCCGAAAGAUGAUUUCCCUUUACCUCACAUUGAUGUAUUGGUUGAUAGUACUGCUAGAUGCAAGGUAUUCUCCUUCAUGGAUGGAUUCUCCGGGUAUAACCAGAUCAAGAUGGCUCCAGAAGAUAGAGAAAAGACGUCGUUCAUCAUGCCUUGGGGUGCUUUCUGCUACUUAGUAAUGCCGUUUGGGUUGAUAAAUGCUGGUGCCACUUACCAGAGAGGCAUGACUAAAAUAUUCCAUGAUAUGAUACAUAAAGAGAUUGAAGUGUAUGUGGAUGACAUGAUUGUCAAAUCAGGCACUGAAGAAGAACAUGUUGAGUAUUUGUCGAAGAUGUUUCAACGUUUGAGAAAGUACAAACUCCGUUUGAAUCCUAACAAGUGUACCUUCGGUGUUAGAUCCGGCAAGCUCUUGGGUUUUAUUGUCAGCCAGAAGGGUAUUGAAGUAGAUCCCGACAAAGUCAAAGCUAUCAGGGAAAUGCCUGCUCCAAAGACAGAGAAACAAGUUAGGGGCUUUCUAGGAAGAUUGAACUACAUCUCCAGAUUCAUCUCUCAUAUGACUGCCACAUGUGGGCCGAUAUUCAAGUUACUCCGUAAAGAUCAAGGGAUUGUUUGGACGGAAGAUUGCCAGAAAGCUUUUGACAGCAUCAAAGGGUAUUUGUUAGAACCUCCGAUUCUUGUCCCUCCGGUCGAAGGGAGGCCUUUGAUCAUGUAUUUGACUGUGUUAGAAGAUUCUAUGGGCUGUGUGUUGGGUCAACAAGACGAGACUGGAAAGAAAGAGCACGCCAUUUACUACUUGAGUAAGAAGUUUACUGAUUGUGAGUCCCGAUAUUCUAUGCUUGAGAAAACCUGUUGCGCUUUGGCAUGGGCUGCUAAGCGUCUUCGUCACUAUAUGGUUAAUCACACUACUUGGUUGAUAUCCAAAAUGGAUCCGAUCAAGUACAUUUUUGAGAAGCCGACUUUAACAGGAAGAAUUGCUCGUUGGCAGAUGUUAUUGUCCGAGUAUGAUAUUGUCUACCGCACUCAGAAAGCCAUCAAAGGUAGUAUUCUUGCUGACCAUUUAGCUCAUCAACCAAUUGAAGAUUAUCAGCCUAUCAAGUUUGAUUUUCCAGAUGAAGAGAUCAUGUAUUUAAAGAUGAAAGAUUGUGAUGAACCAUUGUUUGGUGAAGGUCCUGAUCCAGACUCUAAGUGGGGUUUGAUAUUUGAUGGGGCCGUUAAUGUCUAUGGUAAUGGAAUAGGGGCGGUUAUCCUUACUCCAAAGGGUACUCACAUUCCUUUCACUGCAAGACUCCGGUUUGAUUGCACGAACAACAUUGCAGAAUAUGAAGCUUGCAUCAUGGGUAUUGAAGAAGCCAUUGACUUGAGGAUCAAAAAUAUUGACAUAUAUGGAGAUUCAGCUCUUGUGAUUAACCAGAUCAAAGGAAAAUGGGAAACUCACCAUGAUGGUUUGGUACCUUACAGAGACUAUGCAAGACGUUUGUUGACUUUCUUCAACAAGGUGGAACUGCAACACAUUCCUCGGGAUGAGAAUCAAAUGGCAGAUGCCCUAGCUACUUUAUCUUCAAUGAUCAAAGUGAAUCAUGGCAAUGACGUGCCGCUGAUCAGUGUCAAAUUCCUUGAUAGGCCUGCUUAUGUGUUUGCAGCCGAAGCAGUUUUCGAUGAUAAGCCGUGGUUUCAUGAUAUUAAGGUGUUUCUUCAAACUCAAGAGUACCCUCCUGGGGCAUCCCGUAAAGAUAAGAGAACUUUAAGAAGAUUGUCUGGUAACUUCUUUCUAAGUGGAGAUGUUUUGUACAAAAGGAACUUUGAUUCAGUUUUGCUCCGAUGUGUGGACCGACGAGAAGCAGAUUUAUUAAUGCAUGAGAUACAUGAAGGCUCAUUUGGGACCCAUUCUAGUGGAUAUUCAAUGGCUAAGAAAGCAUUGAGGGCAGGCUACUACUGGAUAACAAUGCAUGCUGAUUGCCAUCACUAUGCCAAGAAAUGUCACAAGUGCCAGAUUUAUGCAGAUAAGAUUCAUGUACCACCAUCUAUGCUCAACGUUAUCUCGUCUCCGUGGCCAUUCUCUAUGUGGGGCAUUGAUAUGAUUGGUCGGAUCGAACCAAAAGCUUCCAAUGGACAUCGUUUCAUACUAGUGGCCAUUGACUACUUCACCAAGUGGGUUGAAGCGGCUUCUUAUGCCAAUGUGACCAAGCAGGUGGUGGUCCGGUUUAUCAAGAACAAUAUCAUAUGUCGCUAUGGUGUCCCUAACAAGAUUAUCACGGAUAAUGGGGCAACCCCUUUUUCCUUGGUGUAUGGUACGGAAGCGAUACUUCCUGUAGAAGUUGAAAUCCCGUCUUUGAGAGUCUUGAUGGAAGCUGAGUUGUCAGAGGCUGAAUGGUGUCAGAAUAGGUACGAUCAGUUGAAUUCGAUUGAGGAGAAGCGCAUGGCUGCUUUGUGUCACGGACAACUAUAUCAGACCAGGAUGAAACAAGCAUUUGAUAAGAAGGUUCGUCCCCGUGAAUUUAAAGAAGGAGACCUGGUGGUCAAGAGUAUCAAGUCUUUUCAACCGGACCCCAGGGGCAAGUGGACACAUAAUUAUGAAGGUCCCUAUGUAGUGAAGAGAGCUUUCUCUGGUGGUGCUUUAAUUCUUACAACCAUGGAUGGAGAGGAUUUACCUCGUCCU